ACCCAAUCACCAGUACUCUUGGUACAUUUCACACAGCCUCACAUAGCCUCACAUCCACAAACGCACAUCCAACGGUAUGUCAAGUCAAAUGUGCUCACAUAUAUCCUCCCUUGUACAGAAGAUCAUCAUGUCCUUAUGUACUUCUUUCAACCUCUCUUGUUGAUCCUCCAAAGUUCAGUUGAAUAGCUAGCUUCUACUGUGCUUGAGUUCAGGAGUCCCAAACAUCUUCAAACUUACUUCCGCAUACCAGGCUCUACAGUUGCUAAUACUCCUUCACAGAGUCUUCGAAAUGGUCAACUAUCCAGGCUUCGAUUUGGCCAACCCAAACAUGGUCCGUCUACUUAGUGAGGCGUUGAAGCUCUACUUGGAGGGCAAUCGUCGGGCAACCAACAAUUCGGCCUUGGGUAGAAUGGACGGCACCCAGAGGGCGACUUUCCAGCGUAUUCUAGGACAGAUGGAAAGCGAUGAGGAGUUCCGCGGGAUAGUCUCAAUGGUCAUUGACCUUCGUCAUGAGAGCGACCGGGAGGUUCUCAGAGCCGCCAAGGACUUGACUAGAUACGUGCAGGUCACCGAAUCUUCUAGUGAGGAGCAAUCUGAGGAUGAUAGCUCCGAAGAUGAAGAUACUGAUUCAGAAGAUAACGACCAGGAUAGUGAAGGUCCAAGUGUUAAAGUUCUUGAGGAAGAUGGCUACCAGAUUGUCUGGGAUCCAACCACCAUGAGUGAUGACUUCGCCAAGCCUGGAAUUCCAAAUCACGCCUUCUACAAGAUCAUCAUUCCCCUCCGCAAGGAAACGGAGCCAGGCUCUGGAAUCUGGGAGGAUGCGUCGCCGAUCAAGUUCGACUACCUGGAGACUCACAACGCGCCAUCUUGGGAGUCAUCAAACACACUGUACAAGUUCAAUCAGUGGCGCAACCAAAUUUUCCGAAAGUACCUUGGCAACAAGCGACGAACUCGUGAUCCUUGGUUGAUGUCGGAGCAACAACGCAUCAUAUCGCUGUUAAAGCAGCAGCUCCAAAAUCGGGACAAGGUGCGGGCAAGGCCAAAGUGGAACCGUCUUGCCAACGCCUACAACCGCGAGCUUCAUGGGACGAUUCAGUUCAAGGGCUCUAAACUUGUACAGGAAGGAGUCAAGAAACUUCCUGUAACAGAUUAUGAUCGAUUCGCUCCUUGGAGAACUAAAGGAGCUAUUCAGAACAUAAUCAAGAAAGAAGGAACGUGGAAGCACUUGACCAAGCCGAUCUUAGAUGGGGCCAAGGAGCGUCGAAGACAAUACGAUGCGCAGCGCCCAGACAAUGUGGUCGCCUCUCCCGGUUCCCAAGAUGAGAAAGAAUUGCCGAAUCCUGACGCACCGAAGACUAAAGCGCAAGUCAAGCAAACGAAUGCGGCGAGACGGGAGGCAAGAAGGGAAGAAGCCUCAUCGAAGAAGGGACAGGCGGCAAUUGUUGUGAACUCGUCGGAGGAGGAUUACGAGGACGAGGACGACGAAGAUGAUACGGAUGAGGAUGGCGAUUAA